UCAAAUGUUUGUCCGGUUGUCCAAAUUAGUCUUUUUCAGCAUGUCCUUAUUCGUCCAGUUUAGAGCUUGCAAAUUGUUGAAACUAUUCCUGCCAUCACACGAAUACGGCAUUACUUAGCCGCUCCUCUCCCCUGUCCGUUCCGUAAGCAAUAUGUACCGGAUAUCCAUGGACUAGCACAUGUGUCACGACGUCCGUGAGCAUUGUGCGCUGGUUAUCUCAUAGCCCUCUAGAGAGGUUCCCCCCCUCCCCUGUGGCCCUCAGUAAGGGGCGCGCCAUAGAUAGACGUCGAUAGCGUGUAGGAAAAACCGAUUACCGAAACAAACCAACAGCCAUUUCAACGUCUAUAUCAGACACUUUUCGUUUAUCCCACCUCUCUGUCCCCAUAGCACCAUAUAUUACAUCUGAAUAAUGUCUGCCGCUACUGCUUUGAGUAACGACCAAGUCGCUUCCGAACUCCGUAAGAUGGAGGCUUUCAUCAAGAAGGAAGCCCAGGAAAAGGCCGAAGAAAUCAAGAUGAAGGCCGAUGAGGAAUACCAGAUCGAAAAGUCCACCAUUGUGCGUAACGAGACGGCCUCUUUGGACACCACCUACCAAGCCAAGUUGAAGAAGGCAGCGUUGGCCCAGCAGAUCACCAAAUCUACCAUCGCCAACAAGACCAGAUUAAAGAUCCUCUCUACCCGUGAAGAAGUCCUCAACUCCAUUUUUGAUGACGCUGAGAAGCAAUUGCAAUCCGUUUCCGCUGACAAGACUAAGUACAAGCCACUCGUGACCGGUUUGAUUGAGGAAGGUUUGUUGGCCUUAUUAGAAACCGAAAUCUCCUUGCGUGUUCGUGAGGCCGACAUCUCCUUGGUCAAGGAAUGUAUCCCAGCUGCCGUCAAGACCUUGGAAGACCAAUCUGGCCUCAAGUGUGAGGUUAAGGUUUUGGAGAACGAUUUCCUCAGCGCAGAUCUGGCUGGUGGGAUUGUCAUUAUCAAUUCCACCGGUAAGAUCGAAAUUGACAACACCUUGGAAGAGAGAUUGAAGUUGUUGAGCGAGGAGUCCUUGCCUGCGAUUAGAUUAGAGUUGUACGGACCAUCCGCCACCAGAAAGUUCUUUGAUUAGCCGCAAAAGCUUCAUAUGCUAUUGUCUACCUAAUUUAUACUUCUUUUCCCGGGUCCUAGCCUUUCUUUCGUGCAUUAUAUUCUCUCCUGUUUACCUCUCGUAGUCAAUCAUUUGUGGAGUGACUAGGAUCUGGCUCCGAAAUAGAUGUGAAGCCUCUCAAGUGAUUAUAUAAAAUUGGAUUG